ACGGCGCAGAUUAAUUUGGCUAAAAUUCAGGGACAAGAACAAUCCCAUGCAUAGUGAACCCGCUUUGGUUUAUUUUAUUUUAUUUUAUUUUAUUUCAUCAGGAGGCGCAAUUAGGUCUCUUCGUGAACAUUAAACACCGAUUGAGAAGUGAGUAAGGAAGAACCUGAGAAACCCCCUAAAACCCUAAUUCCCCUCGUCCCUACUCUCUCUCUCUCUCUCUCUCUCUCUCUCUCUCCGAUCGUCCGCGGACCCCCAAGAGGAUCGUCAAAAGCUUAGGCUGAUCAUGGGUUCACUAAGAAUUGGAUUUCUUAAGCGCUUGAACGAGGUUUUAACACAGCCUCGAACUUCAUUUGGCAUUCAUAGAAGCUUAAAAGCAUGGAACUCCACCAUGUCAUUUGAUGAGUUUGCAGAGAAGAAUGACAUGGACGAUGAUGAUGAUCCUAUAGUUGACAAGAGAAACUUGGAACCCCAAAGUGUUGAUCCAAAAAAAGGUUGGAAUUUCAGAGGUGUGCACAAGGCAAUUAUUUGUGGCAAAAUUGGGCAACCUCCGCUGCAGAAAAUAUUGAGGAACGGUAAAACCGUCACUAUAUUCACUGUUGGAACAGGGGGUAUGUUUGAUCAAAGAAUUAUUGGAGGAGAGAACCUUCCAAGGCCAGCACAGUGGCACCGAAUAGCAGUUCAUAACGAGCAACUUGGUGCAUAUGCUGUUCAGCAAUUAGUGAAGAAUUCUGCAGUUUUUGUUGAAGGGGAUAUUGAGACUAGAGUUUAUAAUGACAACAUCAAUGGUCAAGUAAAAAAUAUACCUGAGAUAUGCGUGCGACGUGAUGGCAAGGUUCGUUUGAUUAAAUCUGGGGAUGUUGCUUCCAGUAUAUCAUUGGAUGAGCUAAGGGAUGGAUUAUUCUAAGUGGUUCCAGCCGGUUAAACUUGCCUACUGUAUCACUUCAAGAAUUAUGUACUAGAAGGUCGAUCAUGGCUUCAUCGACCUGAAUUAUGAUCUUGUUUUUCUCCUCUUAUGUCAUACGUUCCAAUGGGAGAUUUGUGAACACUUACAAGCCUCUGGCAAAAAGAUAUUUUUAAGGUAACGUAGGUUAAACUUCUAUUCUCUUGUGUCUUCUUUUAGGACUUCUGCAAAAUCGUCUGCUUGCAUAUCUACUGCUAUAAUAUCUGAAUUUUCACGUA